AUGCAAAAUACACUGAGUUCAGUCCUGCAGGCAGGGAAUGCCAGUAGCCCUUCAUCGCUGUUGAGUCUGCGGCAGCAUGGACAUCCGCAACAACGUGACAGAGCUGCGGCGGCUGGAGAACUGCUCGGUGAUCGAGGGGGACCUGCAGAUCCUGCUCAUGUUCACCACCCAGACCGAGGACUUCCGGCCCCUGCGCUUCCCCAAGCUCCACAUGAUCACCGACUACCUGCUCGUCUUCCGGGUCUACGGUCUGGAGAGCCUGCAGGACCUCUUCCCCAACCUGGCGGUGAUCCGGGGCGCGCGCCUCUUCUUCCACUACUCCCUGGUGAUCUUCGAGAUGCCUCACCUGAGGGUGAUCGGGCUGAGGGGGCUGGCCCGGGUCAUGAGGGGCGCGGUGAGGGUCGAACGCAACGAGGAGCUUUGCCACCUCUCCACCAUCGACUGGGGGCUGCUGAUGGAGUCCACGGAGAACAACUACAUCGUGGGCAACAAGCAGGUGGAGGAGUGCGGGGACGUGUGCCCGGGGAUCCUGGAUCAGGAGAAGCCCUGCGUGCAGACCGCCGUCGGGGGCCAACAAGGCUACCGCUGCUGGACCUCCACCCACUGCCAGAAAGCCUCGCCCUGCGGGGGGCGUGGGAGUGCUCCGAGCGGGGAGUGCUGCCACCGGGAGUGCAUUGGGGGCUGCGGGCGCCCCAACGACAGCAGCUCCUGUGUGGCCUGCCGAAACUACAUCUACGCGGGCCGCUGUCUGCCCUCCUGCCCCGCGGGGACCUUCCGGUACGCCGGCUGGCGCUGCGUGAGCAAGGAGUACUGCGCCAGCCUGCGAAAAGUCUCCCCGAACGGGGUAAGUCCCCCCCCCAGGGCGGCCCCCAGAAGGCCUCCAAGUUCGUCAUCCACGACGGGGAGUGCCUGUCGGAGUGCCCCUCCGGGCUGACCCGCAAUGAGAGCAGCAUCUUUUGCCACCAGUGCGAAGGCCUGUGCCCCAAGGAGUGCAAGGUUGGCACAAUGACCAUCACCACCCUGAGCAGCGCGGAGGAGCUCCGAGGGUGUACCCUCCUGGAGGGCAAUCUCAUCCUUAACCUCCGCAGAGGAAAUAACCUGGCCGCAGAGCUGCAGGCGAGCCUGGGUAACAUCGAGGUGAUCACGGGCUUCCUGAAGAUCAAGCACUCCUUUGCUCUGGUCUCUCUCUCCUUCUUCAAGAGCCUCCGACUCAUCAGGGGUGACUCCAUGGUCGACGGUAACUACACGCUGUACGUCUUGGACAAUCAAAACCUGGAGCGGCUGUGGGACUGGAGCCAACACAACCUGUCCAUUCCCGUGGGCAAGAUCUACUUCGCCUUCAACCCCAAGCUGUGCCUGACGCAGAUCUACCAGCUGGAGACAGCGACUGGGACCCGGGGGCGGCAGAACACGGCCGAGAUUAACCCUCGCACCAACGGGGACCGCAUGUCCUGUAAGAGCGGGGUGCUGAGGUUCGUCUCGAACAUGACGGAAUCCUCGCGGAUCAUCCUGUGGUGGGAACGCUACGAGCCUCUGGAUCACCGGGACAUGCUGAGCUUCAUCGUGUACUACCGCGAGUCGGCUUUCCAGAACGUCACGGAGUGGGUGGGGCAGGACGCCUGUGGCUCAAACAGCUGGAACGUGGUCGACGUGGACCUGCCACUGAGCAGUGGCCAAGAUCCCCAGGUGAUGCUGAGCGGACUCACCCCGUGGACCCAGUACGCCAUCUUCAUCCGCGCCAUCACCCUGAGCACGGCCGAGGACGGGCAUAACCACGGCGCCAAGAGCCGCGUGGCUUACAUCCGCACACGCCCCGCGGCCCCCUCCGUGCCCCUGGACGUGCUCUCCAUGUCGAACUGCUCCUCUCAGCUGGUGGUCCGCUGGAAGCCCCCCACUCACCCCAACGGUAAUAUCACUUACUACCUGGUGCGCUGGCAGAGACAGGCGGAGGACUCUGAACUCUACAUCAGCGACUAUUGCAACAAAGGGCUGAGGCUGCCCACCAGCACGGCUGACAGCCAGUUUGACAGCGAGGACGGAGAACCGGAGCGGGACCGGGAGGAGAGGUGCAGCUCCUGCCCCAAAACGCAGGCCGAGCUCGCGCUGGAGGCCGAGGAGUUCUCCUUCCAGAAGAAAUUUGAGAACUUCCUCCACAACUCCAUCUUCAUGCCAAAAACCCCAUGGAGGGUCAAAUCUGUGAACAAGAGUCCAGUAAGGCAGAGUAAUAAAAAGCGUCGGGACGCACAGUGGGUGGGGGCCAACGCGACCCUGUCCGGCUCGGGGGGGAACGUGACGACGCCCCCGCAGCCGGAGGAGAACCAGUUUCCAGUCCAGGAGGACAAGGUGUUCCAGCGUGACCGUGCCCUGAUCACCGGGCUCCACCACUUCACCGUGUACCGCAUCGACAUUCACGCCUGCAAUCACGCCGCCCACCUGGUGGGCUGCAGCGCGGCCACGUUCGUGUUCGGGCGGACACGCCCUCGCCUCUACGCCGACAACAUCCCUGGCAGAGUCACCUGGGAGCUGACCGGCAAAAACACCAUUCUGCUGAAGUGGGGGGCGCCCCCGAGCCCCAACGGGCUGAUCCUGAAAUACCAGAUCAGAUACACCAAGUACAGGAGGGAGCAGGAGGAGGAGUUUGAGGCAGUGGAGUGUGUGCCGAGGCCCCUGUAUGAGCUGCACCAGGGGCACUACAUCAAGAGGCUGCAGCCUGGGAACUACAGCGCCAUCGUCAGGGCAACUUCCCUCUCGGGCAACGGGUCCUGGUCUGAGCCGGUCGAGUUCUACAUCACCGGACCGGAGGAGACGCUGCCGCUCUCAGCCCUGCUGCUCAUGCCCGUCGCUCUCGUGGUCUUCAUUGGUCUGCCCAUGAUCUUCAUGUAUCUCUAUUACGCCAAAAGGAAUAACCCCGGGAGCACUCUGUAUGCAUCAGUGAACCCAGAGUAUCUCAACGCUUCUGACAUCUACGUGCCGGAUGAGUGGGAGGUGGAGCGGGACACGGUGACGGUGAUCCGGGAGCUGGGGCAGGGCUCGUUCGGGAUGGUGUACGAGGGCGUGGUGCGCGGCCUCCGCCCUGACGAGGGGCAGCCGCGGCGCGUGGCGCUCAAAGCGGUCAACGAGUCGGCCACGGUGCGAGAGCGCAUCGAGUUCCUGCAGGAGGCCUCCGUCAUGAAGGCCUUCCACUGUCACCAUGUAGUGCAGCUGCUGGGCGUGGUUUCCAAGGGUCAGCCCACUCUAGUGAUCAUGGAGCUGAUGACACGCGGUGACCUCAAGAGCUACCUACGUUCGCUCCGCCCCUGCUCCGAGACUCUACAGUUGCGCCCCCCCCCCCCCCCCUUCCAGAACAAACCGGGCCUGCCCCCUCCCUCUGUAAAGCAGAUGAUGCAGAUCGGAGGCGAGUCCACAGAGUGCGACUAG